CGUGUAUCGAACGCUGAUCAUAUCUUUCUCUUAUGCAAUUUCUCCAAACUAUUCUGGAUAUCAAUUCAGGACUGGCUGAUAGACAAAGAGACAAAGACCCCCUAGUGGACGACCAGUUACAUCGCUGCUUCAACAGAAUACAGAUGGUCGCCGAGUUACGAUUUUUCGAUCUUUCGAUGACGUUGCUUGUUGGGAAAAUGGCAGAGAGACUGACUGAAGAAGAAGAAGAAGAGCAAGAAGAACAGCUGGUUGAUUUUGCCAUCCAGAGAAGCCUCCAGGACAUUGCUUUACCCCUGAGCACAAAAAAAAGUAUGAUGGAAAUGGCGAGCGAGGACAGCCUGAAGAUCCUAGAAGCUAUAGAUCAAGGUGACUUGGCCACUUUGCAUUCACUGCAUGGGAAAACAUCUGGCUUUACCGAGACAGACAGAAGAGGUUAUCUUCCCUUUCACAGAGCCUCAGUGCUGCCAAACCUACAGAUUCUUGAUGCUGUUCUACUCGCAUCCCGCGAGUUGAGCAUGGAGGAGGUUACAGCAGACGGGGAGACGGCGCUGACUCUCGCUGCCAAGGCUGGACAUGUGGCGAACGUAAAGGUGCUACUGCAGCACGGCGCAUCUCCUCACAACACCAACAGCAAAAACGAGUCCCCACUUCUGCUGGCGGUCAGGAUCGGCUCCUAUGACAUGGUCCUGGCGCUGAUCUUAGGUGGGGCGUUUGUGGAGCAGGUGUGUCUGAAAAAGUGGACGGCCACCCACGAGGCAGCCAAGGUGGGCGGCGCUGAUAUCCUAAUGCUGCUUCUUAAGCACGGCGGCAAGGUGACAGCACGAGACGGUCACGGCGUGACACCGCUGGGAAUUGCGUCCGAGUUCGGCCACAGCGACAUCUUGGAAAUCCUCAUUCAGCAUGGAGGUGAUGUUGCUGCACAGGCCACCAAUGGAGAUACAGUGUUAUAUGAUGCAGCAGGCUCGGGAAACCUGGACAGCAUCCUCUUGCUGCUUCAACAAGGUGCAAAUCCAAACGUGGCCAGUUACGCCUUUCAGCUUCCCAUUCACCGUGCUGCAUAUGAAGGCCAUUAUCUGGCCCUGAAAACAUUGAUCCCCAUCACAACUAAGAGGGCUAUACGCCACUCUGGGAUGAGUCCGGUGCACUCGGCUGCAGAUGGAGGUCACGCAUCCUGUCUGAAUUUGCUGAUCGAGAAGGAUUUCGAUGUCAACUGUCUUUUAGGUGACCACAUUUCCAGCAACUACGGAGACAUGAGGAAGACGGCUCUGUAUUUUGCAGUGUGCAACAGUGACGUGACUUGUGCCGAGAUGCUUCUAGAGGCUGGGGCAAAGCCUAACCUCGACCCUCUGUUCUGCCUCCUUGUAGCUGUACGAGCCAGUCAUUAUGAGCUUGUGCGACUGUUGCUGUCCUACGGCGCUAAUGUUAACUGCUUCUUCACAGCCAUCAUUGACACAGUGUUCCCCACAGCUCUACAGUACUGUCUUCAUGACGAAAUAAUGAUGCGAUUAUUGCUUAACAACGGCUAUCACGCCAAAAGCUGCUUUCAGUGUGAUCACAACUGCGUAUCGACGCACAGCUGCACAACGGACGAGCACACUUCUGGCUACUUCAACAAAGUGACAUUUUGUGAUUUUGUCAGUGUGAGUUGGCUGAAACACCUGGUGGGCCGGCUUGUACGAAUUCUCCUAGACUAUGUGAUUCACGUUCCUAUCUGCCCCAAGCUGCAGAAGAUCUUAGAGAUGCAACAGGAGUGGUCUGAGAUCCGUGACAUUCUUAGAAACCCACGCUGUCUGCAACACCUGUGCAGGCUGGUUAUAAGGAAGAAGAUGACCCCAAGAAGACUGAACAACCCCAGAUAUAUAAGCGAACUUCCUUUCCCUCCAGCGCUAAAGAACUAUCUGACUUACAAGGAGUACGAUUUGUAUGGAAGAAUGGAAUUUUGAAUUGGUAUAUAGAUAGAAUGUGUUUUGUUAGCUAUUUUUUGCUACUGUUUAGUGUGAUUUCAUGUAUUAAAGACA